AUGGCAACAGAAUGUAUAAAAAACUGCUGUAAAUGGUGUUUCUGCAUGGAAAAAGAAAAAAAUGAUCCAGUUUCCAUGGUGCAGGAAUCUGAAGCAGUAGCCACAAGCAAGCCAACUAUUGUAGAGAAGCCUCCAUUGUCUUCUGUGUCAGUGAAGCGUCAAGUUGGCUGUUCAGAGGAUUAUCUGCUUUCUAAACUGCCCGUGGAUGGUCAGGAGGUACCAUUUGUGGUCCCUCCAUUCAAAUUGGCUUAUGUACAGCCGAAGAAGCUUCCUAGUAUCUCACAUGCUGGAGGGAUUCAAGAAUCUGCCAGAGCCUCAUUUGGUGACCGGAAAGCAGAACUGCACGGCGUGUACCAAUGGCCCAUCUAUGAUGUGUACAAUCCAUUCUAUUUGGAGCAUCGGGUUUCGCCAGAUCUGAUGAGGCGCUUCCAAGCAAAAUCAGAUAAUAGGAAAUUAUAUGGAUCAGUUAGUGAUUUAAGACCUAGUGCUUUGCCUGGCUCAUUUGAUGUAAGUCGUUCAAUGUUUGAUCUCAGAAGCCCGCCUCAUCGAUUCAUGAAGAGAUAUGAUUCAUUCUCCAGUGUACCUAGCAGUACCUCUUCCAGGAAGGAUUCGCAAGGCAGUAACAGAAGUCUGGAUACUAUUACAUUAUCAGGUGAUGAACGAGACUUCGGAAGACUGAAUGUGAAGUUGUGUUAUGUUUCUUCUGUAGAACAGAUUUGGAUCACAGUUUUACAUUGUAAAGAACUGAGCUGGCCUUCUACCUGUGGGGAAAAUCCUCGUAUCUAUGUCAAGGGAAUUCUCACACUGCCCAAACCAGUGCAAUUCAAAUCUUCUGCCAAGGAAGGGUGCAAUGACAUUGAAUUUAUGGAAACUUUUGUAUUUGCUAUUAAACUGCAAAGCCUGCAGGCUGUCAGAUUGGUAUUUAAAAUCCAGACACAGACUCCCAGGAAAAAAACAAUUGGAGAGUGCUCCUUGGCACUGCGGGAGCUCAGCUCAGAGGAGUCAAGUCAUUGGCUGGAUAUAUCUCCUCCUUCCAAAGCACCU